GUUGGAUAAACUCGAAUCAAGAUGCCGUCGGACGCUGGCGCAACCACGCGGGCCCUGUCGGACAAAACACUCGCUCGGCGUCGAUACUUUCGAGAGAAGCAGCGUGAGUAUCGUCGGAAGUUGAAUAUUGAUGGGGCGGUCAUCGAAGCAGAAGUUGUACACCUUCAGUCGGUCCGUGAUGGCCUUCAAGCCAUGAGUCUGCCGUCGGUGCGUGAAGCUAGCGAUGGUCCGUUGUCGUGGUGUUCCAUUGCCAUGGUGUUCAAAACUGAAGCCCGUCGUGUCUUGACGGACCGCCAGUCACUGGUCACUCAAACGGAACAGUACCGAACCCUCAUGACGUCUAUGCAGCGCUUUGUCAUGAUGAACAUUCCGCCGCCCAUAUCCCGCAGAAAUGCAUGGCACAACGCGACAUUGGUGGCCGAGCCGAGUGCUCGAAGCCUGGGCAAGGAGUGGCUCACGCAGCAAAUGUACCACAACAUGCACGAGGCGUUCGCGUUAUUUCCUGCCGUGGGCAAUGCCGAGGAGUUUUGCCAAUAUGACGUGCAACCGUCCGAGGACGGCGGUCCAAUCGUGUCCACGGAAACAGUACAGUGCACGUGGCCAGGCACGGUGCAAAUGUUCCGACGCUUUGUCGAGUCCAACAUGCGCGCUGUGAUUUUCAGGGACCCCCAAGAGGUGGUCGAAGAGCGCACGGCCAACACGCGCCUCUUCCACUCGGUCACAACCAAAGGCACGUUCGUGAACUCGCUGCAAGGCCAUUUUGUCGAAGCCGACCGGUUCAUCAUGGUCAUGCGCCAAGUCGAACACGACGAAGUGCAUCUGUGUGACCCCCUGCGCAGGCAGCGGCACUACCGGAUAGAGGUACGGCAGGAAUCCACCUCGCACAUCUUGAUGCGCUUUGUCAGUCAUUCGUCCCACGCAUUUCGACCCGCCAACGGAUAUGUGAGCAUCGACGAGCUCGCGGCGCUGUGCGGCAUCGAUGUGACGGGCAUCGAAGACGACGACGAGAAGGCCGCGUACGUACGCCUCGAGCUCAUCCGACGGGGAAAUGCCGAUUUCGAACCGUGGCGAAACUGGUUCAUGGGCUUGAUGAUGCAAGCGUCGUUGCAACAGCCAGCACCACGCGCCAACUAACUAAUAAUGAUCCCGGUGGAUGAUAUUACAAGCAGAAUGUGCCCGCCG